GAUAUAUUUGUUGUUUUUGAUGCGAUUCAGUCCAUACAUUUGGGGGGCUGACUUAUUCCUGCGUGACUAUGUUUUUGGUGACUUGAUGCUCUUAAUAUAUUUCUUGGUGUUUUUUUUGUCUGUUGCUCGAGUAAUUGUCGCUGCAAAUUGCGUAAUGUUUCUGGCUUUUAGAGUUCGAUUUUUUACAGGAAUUUUUCGUAUUAUCAGUGAAAACUUUUGAUUCUUUGUCAAAAUAAGAUAUUGCAUAGUGAAGGCGAAGUUAAUGAACACUUUUAUAGUAUUGAUGUACUUCCCGAAUAUGUUCCUUAUAAUGGCAAACCUUUAUUUGGUAUAGAUGUUCUGCAAACAAGCGUUUAUCCAUGAAAUUAUUUAUUCCCCGUUGUGUUUCACAAUACUAAUUCUUUACCUUCUUAAGUUUAUACUUUCCUGUGUCAUACUCUUGAGUCUUAAAUCAAGGUCUCUAACCCAAGCUUUUGUUUUGUGUUAUUUUCCAGAUUGAACGGUGGCAAUGGAUCAAGACUAUGAAGAAGAGGUAAAGACGUUUCAGAGCUUGGGGAUAUGUGAGCAAUUGGUUGAGGCAUGCGAGAGCUUAGGCUGGAAAAACCCGUCUAAGAUUCAGGUCGAGGCUAUUCCUCAUGCCCUAGAAGGAAAGGAUUUAAUUGGACUUGCACAGACUGGUUCUGGGAAAACUGGAGCUUUUGCUCUUCCCAUUUUGCAAGCCCUUUUGGAUGCUCCUCAAGCAUUUUUUGCCUGUGUGCUCUCUCCCACAAGGGAGCUUGCAAUUCAGAUAGCCGAGCAGUUUGAAGCUUUAGGGUCUGGCAUUGGUAUCAAGUGUGCAGUGCUUGUUGGAGGGGUAGACAUGGUGCAGCAAGCCAUUAACUUGGCAAAACGGCCACAUAUUGUUGUUGGGACGCCGGGACGUCUUGUGGACCAUCUAUCUAAUACGAAGGGUUUUUCCCUGCGCACAUUGAAGUAUUUGGUCUUUGAUGAGGCAGAUAGGUUAUUGAAUGAAGACUUCCAAAAAUCAAUAGAUGAAAUUUUGAAUGAAAUUCCUCGUGAGAGGAAAACAUAUUUAUUUUCUGCUACUAUGACAAAAAAGGUUCGGAAACUUCAAAGGGCAAGCUUAAGAAAUCCUGUUAAGAUUGAAGCAGCAACCAAAUAUUCCACAGUAGACACAUUGAAGCAGCAAUAUUGUUUUAUCCCUGCGAAAUAUAAGGAGUGUUAUCUUGUUUAUAUCUUAACUGAGAUGUCUGGUUCAACAUCAAUGGUCUUCACUCGCACUUGUGAUGCUACUCGCCUUCUAGCAUUGGUUCUUCGAAAUCUUGGGUUAAGAGCCAUACCCAUAAGUGGUCAGAUGACCCAGGCAAAGAGACUAGGAGCCUUAAAUAAGUUCAAGGCCGGAGAGUGCAAUGUUCUUAUCUGCACUGAUGUGGCUAGUAGAGGACUUGAUAUUCCAUCUGUGGAUAUGGUCAUAAAUUAUGAUAUUCCUUCAAAUUCCAAGGAUUACAUACAUAGAGUGGGAAGAACUGCUCGUGCAGGUCGUUCCGGGGUUGCCAUUUCGUUAGUUAAUCAGUAUGAGUUAGAGUGGUAUAUGCAGAUAGAGAAGCUCAUAGGGAAAAAGCUACCGCAGUUUUCCGCUCAGGAAGAGGAAGUUUUGAUGUUGUUAGAGCGUGUGGCAGAGGCGAAGAGAAUAUCCAUCAUGAAAAUUAAAGAAACCGGUGGCAAAAAGAGGAGGAGAGGUGGAGAUGACAACGAUGACGACGACAACAACAACGAUGUUGAAAAGUAUAUGCGUCUCAAGACUGGAAAAAUGUCGAAAAAUGGAAAAACGUCCAAGAAGAUGAAAAGAAAAUGAGCCAAAAAGUUGUUUAUAUUUAUAAUUUAAUUAGUCUCGAUUCAAUUUUUGCUAGUUUUAGGUGAAUAUGAUGUUUGUUCUAACUUGAAUACAAAUCAUCAAAUGAACGAGAAAUUUUGACAUUUCGUGUAUUUAAGGAUGAAUUGAUUAAAUAUCAUUGAACUAAGUGUUUUGUAUGUA